CGGAGUUAGGUACCAGUGUACCGGCAUUUCUUGCCAAACUUUGGAAACUGGUUGAAGAUCCUGAAACUGACGACCUUAUUUGUUGGUCACCCUAAUCGUUGUUGCGACGAUAAUAACUCAUUCGUAAUGCUAAUGUUGUGCAAGUGAACGAAUCAAACGUAAGCUAAACGUUGACCUCCGUAGCAUACAUUUUUACAUACACAACCUAUAUUUUGCGUGUACUCGACGUUGCUGUAAUAUAUUCCGUGCUUACUUCUAUGAUCACAUAAUGGGAGAAGUUUCUUUAUUCGAAAUCAAGCACAGUUUGCCAGAGAAUUAUUGCCACAUUAUUAUAAACAUAAUAAUAUGGCCAGCUUUGUUCGUCAAUUAAAUAUGUAUGGUUUCCACAAAAAGGUUUCUGUUGAACUAGGGGGUUUGAAAUGUGAUAGAGAUGAGAUGGAAUUUGCACAUCAGUUUUUUUGUAAAGGACAUCCAUAUCUUGUAGAACAUAUUAAAAGAAAAAUUGCAUCAAGCAAAGGCCAAGAUCCAGCACUUACUCCCAUUAAACCAGAACUAAUGAAUAAAAUGCUUAGUGAAGUAAGAAGUAUGAGAGGUCGUCAAGAACAUUUAGAUUCAAGACUAGGGGCUAUGAAAAGAGAGAAUGAAGCAUUAUGGAGAGAACUGGCAAUGCUUAGACAGAAACAUCUGAAACAACAGCAAAUUGUUAAUAAACUUAUACAUUUCCUAGUUACUUUAGUGCAACCUUCAAGAAGUGGUGGUCUUUCUGUUAAAAGAAGAUAUCCCCUAAUGAUUGAUGACUCUAAUCGUCAGCGUAACAAGCAAGCGAAAAUAUCAAAGUCACAAGCAUCACCUGCGGGUCCUGUGAUUCACGAGCUCGAUGCAUCAGAACCUGAUUUAGAUUCAGAGUAUAUUGUUGCAGAAAUGUUGGAAGGACAUUCAAAUCCAUCUAUUGAAAGCCCAGAACAUAACAAUACAUCAAUAAUGGAUGAUAAUAAUAUAGAAACUGUUCAUUUAGUUGAUAAUUCGGUUCAACUACAAGAUGAUAUACAACUGAUUAAUCCGCAAGAAAUAGAUGCAAAAAAGAAACGUGGAUGUAAGGGUAAAAAGAAGAGGAAAAACAAGAUGCCUGUCAAAAUUUUGAUCCCAUCAACGGAGAAUGGAGAGGAACCGAGGGAAGAAACACAUUUACUUGAAAUGCCAUUAGAAGAUUCUCCAGUGACCAUUGCUUUAUUGGAAAAUAAAUCAAUUUCUAAACCAGUACCUGUGGCAACUGUACGUAGCUCAAAACUUGCAGCUAUGGCAGCUAAUAUGAAUAAAUCACCUGAUGCAGAGCAAGAGCUCGACUUAGAAAAUUCUGCAGAUAUGGAAGAUGAUGUACAGGAGAAUGAUUCUGCUUUGGUGAAACUCGAAGAUAUUUUAAUAGUACCAGAGAUUAUUGAUGAGGACGAUGGGGGCAACGAAAACGUGGAAUAUAAUGAAAACAACGGCAACACCGAGAUUAAUGGAAACGAGAAUCCCUUGAAUCAAUUCAAUAAAGCAGAUGGUAACACUGAACAGAAUACUCAAAAAGAUUCAUAUACAAAUGAUGUUGAGAAAAAUAUGGAGAAGGAGAAAGUAAACUGCAACGGUGCGGGCACAAGCAAUUCAAAAAAUUUAUCUUUGAGUUGCGUCGUUACCUCUGGCAUGUCUGACGCUAGUUACAGGUUAGGAUCAAUGGAAGAAAUGGAUAAUCAUCUUGAAACAAUGCAAACAGAAUUGGAAAACCUUCGUGAAAUUCUACGUGCCGAAGGGUAUAGUAUUGAUGCAAAUACACUUCUUGGGUUAUUUGGAGCAGAUGAUCCAAUGUCAUUUGGUAUGCCGGUUAAUCCUGAGUUGAAUCCACAUUCUGAAAAAGAGGAAGAUGAACAUGUUAAUGUAGCAGAAAAUAUGAAUGGAUCAGCAGCUGGUGGAGAACUUAUGACAUAUAAUCCUACACCGAAUUUAUUAGAUUUUGACGACGAUAUCUUUUUGGGUGCUACAUCUCCUGUCACCAGCACAGCAGGCGAUACAGCUACGACCAGUCUUUAUAAUUCGGAUCCUCUUGAUCUGGAGGAUAGCAAAACUUCGCUUCUGGAUUCCUUAACAAAUGAUGUAAACACUUCAUCGUAAAGUCUCAUUCCUAUGGUUCAGAUCACUGUUGCCUCCAAUGCUUUGGUUUCAGUAUGUUUUAUUCUCGAUGGAUCAUCACGAGCAUGCUCUCUAUCUCUGUCUCGGUGUAAUUUGAUGACCAAAUAAGCAACGAGCUUGUAAUGUACAGACAAAUGUACCUAUACUGAAGGAGAACGUGGUCUCGAUAUAUGCGAUCGAUCAAAUGAUCCCGUCCAUUUAUGGAAGAAAUAAUAACUAAAUACUACCAGGGCGCAUAAAAUCCUCUGGAUUUGCUGCUAUUAAGACUGAUCAAAUUUAAAUCGCUACAGUAUUUUUCUAUGAAUUAACAUUGUUGUUUUGAUCCGCAUUCUAUUCACAGUAUAUAUCUAGUACAAAUAUCGGUAAAAUAACCAAAUUACAUAAUAAGGUUAUUUAUUUAUCGAUAUGUUUUGCAAAUUUAUAAGUUUGUUCUUUUUAUUUUUCGUUUUCUUCCCAACGGAAACUGUUAAAAUGCAGAUAAAAGAAUUGUUAAGAAAACACUUGUUAUCUGUAAUUUUUGACGAUCUCAUUUAUAUAUUUACUGGGGUUUGAGUGUUCUUUCAUCUACGUAAAUAAUUUUUUAAAAAGUAUAUACGAAAUUCGUAUUUUUUGUAUUAAAUUCUUCUUAGGAAGAAAAAAAUCAUGUAUAUACAUAUAUGGAUGUUUGAUCCAAAUCAGAUUUGCAUUGAAACGCCUGGUGUUCUUGUAGAUCAAGAUAUUGUACAGAAAUAGAUAUGUUAGAGGUGGUUUUAUAUCUUUUAUGAAAAAAAAAAAAAAGAAAUGAAAAUCUGUUGUACGCUUGACAUUUUUGUCUGAAACGAUAAACGAUAUUCGUAUAUCUGUAGUCGUCGACUCGUUGUAUAAAACAUUAUUUAUUUUUCAUUGUAAUAACUUAUUGUAUUACAAUGUCACAACAUUGUAAUAACUUGUACAGCUUACGUUAAACCCUCUACGAUUAUCAUAAAUAUAAGUAUCUUGUCAUUUUGAUUUUUUAUAUAAAAUUGUGUAUUUGUUUGUAGUACACGUCACGUAUUUCGUUUUUCUACGUUAGAAAAUGUACAUUCGAAACAAUUUGUUUCAUACACAAGUUCUGAACUACUGAAAAGAA